AUUUUCUUAUUCCUAAUUCAAACAUAUACAAAUCUUGUAAAAUAGCCGGGUAAAUAACUGGGUAUAUUUAAUUACAAAUACACAUUGUGAAAGCAUGGUUAUUUCGGGAGCAUGGAUUGUUUUCAUUUCUUCCUUCAUUGCUGUAGAAUCUUAUCAUCAUGACAAUUAUUCAGUGUCUCUGAUAAAAAAAUUUAGUUCCGAUGGUUCACUUUCCCAACUUCAGUUCCAGGAACUUGCUAUUGAUUUAACCGCUAACAGACUUCCGGGAACUUAUUCUUCAGAUUGUGAUAACCAGUCUCCGGGUACCAGUUGUAACAGAACUCAAAGUAUUCAGUGUCUGGGAUAUGAUGAUGUUUUUAACUUAUAUGCCAACAAUGGAAAAAUGAAUGAAACAGCACUGGUUAAAGCCGUGCCUGCACUACUGUACUAUACUCAAGAAGAAAUUUGUAUAAAACCAGAUACAGUGAUAUACCAUAAACAUCAUAAGAAGCCAUCUUCUUCACAAGCAUGGGGUUACGGAAUUGGUUUUGUAAGUUCAAUUGUUUUAGUAUCAAACAUUGGAGCCUUUCUUGGACCUUGCAUGAAAACUCAGCUCUUCAAAAGAAUCUUAAUGUUCUGUGUGGCCCUUGCUGUAGGAACUUUAGGUGCAACUGGUCUUCUUGUCCUUACUCCAGAGGCUUUAGGAUUGACAGGAAUAGACAGUCCUGUUCCAGACUACAACUGGAAGAUGACUACUGUAUUAGGAGGAAUAUACUUUGUGUUUAUAUGUGAGAGGUUGCUGAAGAUGAUUUUGAAGGGCAGGAAGGGAAAAGGAGGAGAAGAAGAAGUCAAGUUAAAUAGACAAGAUAAAUCAAAGAAUGGGAUUGACUUUGAACAUUCUCACGUGGACCCAGAAGAUAUAGAUAACAGUUCUGGUGGUGUGGCAACAGUUGCUUGGAUACUGUUGCUAGGUGACUCUAUUCAUAAUUUUGUGGAUGGGUUAUCUAUUGGUGCCGCUUUCACAGAAAAUGUAUUCACUGGUGUAAGUGUUAGCUUGGCUGUUAUUUGCGAAGAGUUACCACACGAAUUAGGAGAUAUUGCUAUUCUAUUACAUUCUGGAUUGACUAUGAAGAAGGCGCUGUUCUACAAUUUUCUGGCAGCAGUAGUCUGUUAUGCAGGCCUGAUUGUAGGAAUUGUAGUUGGUGAAAAUACAGAUGCAAAUCGGUGGAUAUUCGCAUUUGCUGGUGGAUUAUUUAUUUACAUUGCAUUAGUUGAUAUGGUAUGUGCAUUAGUUGAUAUGAUACCAGAAAUGAACGAACAAGCAGCCACAUCCCGGAAAAACCAAACAGAGAGUACUUUUCAAAUAUUCUUAUAUCAGAAUAUUGGACUUUUAUUGGGUUUUGCCAUUAUCAUUAUAAUAUCGUAUUAUGGCAAAUACAUUGACUUGUAAAAUUAGUGUGCGUGAUGUGUGUGUUUGGGUGAUGAAAGAGAGUGGAUCACAGUGGAGAGGAAGAAGAGGGAGGAAGAGUUCUUCACUACAUUUUUAGUUGUUGAAUGUGAUCAUACAUCAUGAAAAAAUAAACCAUUUUCACGAAAGAAAGGACUUAAUAAACUUCAAUACUUCA